CAAAAUUUAUUUGGCUUUAUAAUUUUUGAAAAAUCGUCAACAUGAAAGUGGCAUUGGCAAUAAUCUUAACAAUGUAUUACAUCAGUCAAAGCAGCGGCUAUUUUUUCCCGAUUUGUUCCUCAAAAGAUGACAAGUCCUGCACAAAUUAUUUCACUCUUCCGAGUUUUAGCUUCCCGUCUUUGAGUUUUGGUGGUGGUGAACAGGAGAGCGUGUUUCAUAAUGUGGAGGACCCAACAGUGAAAACGACUGGGUUUAUUUUUGAAAAUUUUGACAACAUUGUGACUGUUGUGGGUGCUUUUUAUGAAGAAAACGUAGAAGCUUUUGCAGCUCCAAUUUAUCAAACGAUAGUCGUAUAUGUGUCACCUAUCAAAGAACAGUACAUUCGAUUCUUGAGAUAUGUCCCAUUCUUGAAGUACGAAGAAAAGGUCAAAGCUGAUAGCCGACUUUACCUUCUGUUUAUCGGUACGAGUGUGGGGAUUUAUAUACUUCUCUAUGUGUAUUUCACCAGGAAGCUUUGCUUUUACUAUCAACAACGAUUGAGAGAGCAAUAUAUAAACAAUGUGAAACGAAUUUUCAGAGGAAAGGAAGAGUGAUUGACACCAGUUCUGCUUCAAAAAAAUUAAAAACUGCCAAAAUUCUUAUUCUGAAUUUGAAAACAAAAUUUAUACAUAUUGUAAAUCAAAGUAAAUCAAAAGUGUAAAUAAUAAUGUAAACAUAACCUCAAAAAUCAUACGUUUCGAGUUUUUUAUUUACGUGUGUAAAAUGAACAACUUGAGAAAAAUAGCCCACAAGGCAUUGUUGUUUCGACCGGUUAAAGCCACUUUUAAGUUACACUAUAGUAGUUUUUACGAGCCAAGCUAUCUCGAGUCGAUGAAAUCCAAAGUACCGAUGUAUGAUACUUUAAAUAUACAGUUACGAGGUCACGAUUACCCAAUUUUAGAAAAUUAUCAAAAAUUUGUGCAUAAUUUAAUGAAAAAUAUGGAGGUGAACGUGGAGGAUGCUUGGGGUACCCCACACCAAGAAAUCCAAAUUACCACAUUAAAAGCGAAAAGUGAGAUCGUUACGGCUCAGUAUAACUUAAAAACUUACGAGAGGACGGUUCAAAUAACUGAUGUAGUAUCAACACAGCUUCCGCUGAUUUUAAGAGCACUAGAAGCGAGUACCCCGUCUGGCGUUACCGUUCAUGUAUUAUCUCAUGAGGAAUGGCAUGAAGAAGUUAAAUAUGUACCAGACACAGAACUCAAACAAUUGAAGCAAGAGCUAGAUGAUUUGGGUGGACCAUUGAAGAAAAAGUAAAACGUGUACUAGUAUAGUUAUUUAAUUUUUACUGCUAUAAUAAAAACAAACCGUA